AUGAAAACUCCUAACAGAACACAAGACGUCUCCCAAAGGAGGAUAGUCGAGGAACCAAAGAUAAAGAAUUUAAUGCUGGAUCUUGAAGAUUGGUUCACUAUAAUAGUAAAAUUUGAAAGUCUGUUGAGCUGGAAAAAUCCCCGAUCAACAUUACUUGUGAUAUUUGCAAUCACAGUUUUGUUUCUGUUGGUUCAUAUAUAUGAACCACCAGUUCUGCUUGUUGUGGGCUGUUCAGGAUUGCUUCUAAGCUUAACAGAUUAUUUUGGACCUUGGUUUUUAUCUAGAGUGUUCAGUAAACCUCCAAGUUUCGAAGAUCGUUGCUGUUAUUGGAAUUUCUGUAGACGUCUUGUCCAAAUGCGUCAUGUAAUGAUCAACUUCUUUAUUUUCAUACAUAGAGUUCGAUAUCGAAAUACGAUCCUACACUUUCUAACCAGUUCGUCUCUUUUGUGCAUAGUUGGAUUCGUCGGACUACAUAUCAGUGACUUGUGUUUGGCUUAUCUCUUAGUAAUUAUGUGUUUCACUGCACAAAAACUUCAUCCUAAAGAAUUACUAAAAAUCAUUGCUUGCACCUUCUGGUACCCUAUAACUAUCCUUCAGUCUUCUGCAUCAAAGUUUCGGUCACGAAUAUCGAAGUCUUUUACCCAGAUACUGCGUAUGUCAAAGAGAAACACUGAAAAGGAUCAGUAA